GCUUCGUGUGUCACGUGACGGCCUGCGCUUGCUUCGAAGAAGAUGGAGACAGGAGUAAGGUCUCACCAGGGCGAACAGUUCGUCCACCCGCUCUCCAACCCUGGAGCUGCGGGCAUCUGUCCCGAAAUGCUGGAGGUUGCAGAGGAGGCCAAUCGAGCAGGUGACUUCAGCCUGGCCGUGGAGAUCUACAGUUCCCAGCUCGCAGACCUCCAGCAGCCGGACAGGGGCUUGUGUCUGAGAAAAGCCGACUCUUUGGCCCGCGCCGGGCGGAUAUCUGAGGCGCUGGACUCGUACUGCACAGCGGCCAGCCUGGGCAAACUGCACCCAGAGGAACUACCCCUCCUGGUGGAAACCAUCGCCCGAACUCUCCGUGAGAAAGAGCUGGGCAUCCCCGGGUCAUUAAACGGACACGGUAAAAGCAGCGGCGGGGGAGAUGGGAUUGAAAGUGACGGGGAGUGUGGAGAAGAUGAAGCACUGGACAUGUUUUCCUGUCGCCUCUGCAAAUGUCUGCUCCAUGAACCCACAACUGUUGAGUGCGGACACACUUUCUGCAAACGCUGCUUAGAGGACAACUCUGUCGAGAACUGUAUACACUGCAAAGAAAAGUUGAACAAAAACGAUGGACUGCCAAACGGCCGGAGACUAGAUGUUGUUCUCAGCGGCCUGCUGGAUAAACUCUUUGCAACUGAGAGUAAAGCUAGGAAAUUCUGGAUCGAAGGAGAGAUUAUGUGGAAAAAACAGAACUACUCUGAUGCCUUGGAGAAGUACGAUGCAGCAGUGGAUCUAGUGCCCCCUUCAGGCAGACUUUUGUGCCAGCGGGCCGAGUUGCACAUGGAGAUGAGGAACUUCAAUCACGCGGUGCAGGACGCCACCAGCCUCUGUAGGAUAAAACCUCUCUGGACAAAGGCUCAUUUUCUGAAAGCCACUGCGCUCAGUAAAGCAGGCCGGAAUGAUGAAGCCUUGCAGGAAUACUUCAUGUGUGUGGCACUAAAACCUGACUGGACCAAAGUCAAACUGGAGGCUCAAAAGGUCCUCAGUGAGCUGUUCUCCUCUGUGUUUGAGAGUGAGGACCUGCCAACACCGCUGCACCCACUGCAGGGCGGUUUGACCGACCGCCUCAUCAAACCUCCCGCCUUGCUCAUGUCUCUGAGGCCGCUCGCCCAAAAGCCUGGAUCGUCUUCACAGGACACAGAGUUCAGCAUGACUAAAAGUACUCCAGCAGAUGACUCGUCCUCCAGACUGUCUGCUCCGUGUCCUGGUAAAUUGGACCCCGCAGCUGGGGAGGGCAGCACCAAAAGCCUGGCCGGUGUUCUGGCUGCCCUGCCAGCACCCCCAAAUGGCCUCAAGAGGAAACUCAGCGAGGAUGGACCCUCCGCAGUCUUUAACCCUAGGUCCAAACUGCUCAGACCUGAUGAGGCGAACAGCAUUCACACAGCUGCAAUGAGUGGAAUGAGGAUGGUUCCUGCUGAGCUGUUGGACAGUGGAGACCUGGAGUGUUCACUCUGCAUGAGAUUGUUCUAUGAGCCGGUGGCCACUCCCUGUGGUCACACCUUCUGUCUGAAAUGCCUGGAGCGCUGCCUGGACCACAACCCCAACUGCCCUCUGUGCAAGGAGAACCUGUCUGAGUAUCUGGCCACCAGGGGCUACAACAAGACCCUGCUGAUGGAGGAAGUGCUGCAGCGUUACCUAGGAGAUGAACUGGCAGAGAGGAAGAAAAUCCAUGAAGAGGAGAUGAAGGAACUGUCCAACCUGAACCAAGAAGUGCCCAUCUUUGUGUGCACCAUGGCCUUCCCCACCAUCCCCUGCCCGCUGCACGUGUUUGAGCCACGCUACCGCCUCAUGAUCCGACGCUCCAUGGAGACGGGCACCAAGCAGUUCGGCAUGUGCAUAGCUGAUGAGCUCAAAGGUUUUGCCGACUACGGCUGCAUGUUACAGGUGCGAGAUGUAAAGUUCUUUCCUGACGGUCGUUCAGUGGUCGACACCAUUGGUGUGUCGCGGUUCAAGGUCCUCAGUCAUGGCCAGAGAGAUGGCUACAACACUGCAAAGAUAGAGUACCUGGAAGACAAGAAGGUGGAAGCAGAGGAGCUGGUGGAGCUUCUGAAGCUGCACGACUCUGUUUACGAGCAGGCCAACAACUGGUUUACUUCCCUGAAAGACAACAUGAAGAGCCAGAUCCUCAGUCACUUCGGGCACCUUCCCAGCAAAGACCCUGACCCACAGGCCAGUCCCAGUGGUCCAGCCUGGUGCUGGUGGCUGCUUGCUGUUCUUCCAUUGGAGAGUCGAGCCCAGCUCACCAUCUUGGCCAUGACCUCCCUCAAGGACCGCCUCAUUGCCAUCCGCAGAGUCCUCAUUUUUGUCACGCGCAAGAGGCCGCGGUGAUUGCAGCCCCCGGGUACAGACGGGAACCGCUCGAACUUCUAUGCAGUUCAGCAAACCACCCAUUCAUUUGUAUGGCCAUUCAUCCACUCAUUCAGACUUGUGCUCACUCAUCAUUUACUCGCCCACUCUUCAGUUUGUGCUCUCAGAUGCUCAUGAACUUCCUGUGUCAUGUAGCCUUUUUAGAGUACACGCGAGUCCUGUUGAGAGCCUCGGGUGGGCCAGUGCUGGCAUGAGGACAUUCCUGGUUUCUUCUAUGUCUGUCUGUCUGUUCACCCGGUCAACCUACCCCCCCCCCCCCCCCCCCAACCUGCAUCUUGGAAGAGUGAAUGAAGCUACAACACAUCUCUGAACGCAUGACCUCUCACCUCUUGUCCUCUGUUGAGGCAGAGGUAAAAAAAAAUAACAGUCCAAGCUGUUCCACUUCCAGGUUGGUCGUGCUAACGCUCUGUUAUGAAGGAACAAAAACCUAAUAUCACAAAAAGCAGUGUGAGCAGAAAUAUUUAAAGGUGAGUUCUUUUUUUUUCGUCCACACACAAAGAAGUAUUUCAAAUAAUUUUGAACAAAAGGUUCCUUCAUCCACAGAUGUACAGCAAAAACAAGUACUCAUCAUUUUCAGUAUGAAGCGAAAACACUUAGCAACACACACACAAUUGAAUGUAUUGGUCUGGUUGUAGGAGGUGGAUGUUUUUCUUUAUUUUCACUCAACUGAAUUUACAGAAUCUUGCACAUGAGGUCACAUUCCUGUAUGUGCACUCGCAGCAGCUGCUUCACUGUAAAUCUUACUGACUGAGCCAGAGUUCAUGUGCAGAAACCCGGAGCUUUCUAUCUGUUACCUCACCCGCCAGUGGACACGUACCUCAGACUGUCUGAUAGGAAGUAAUGGGCGUCAUUAGUCACUACAUUGAAAUAGGAUUGUGAUUAUGGUCUAACACUAAAAACCACACACUACCGUUUGCCAGAACGUAAGAUUUAAAGUUUUAGUUAGAGUUAGGACAGUGCAGAUACAAACACAUCCUCUCAGACACAGUUUAUCUACAUGUUUAUGCCCUAUUGUAGCAUAUCUCUGGGGCUUCAAAUCCUGACUUUGUGAUAGGGAUUGAUUGUGUAUUUGUUUUGUUGGUUUUUAUUUUAUUCAUUCUCUCUGUGCUAUGCCCCUUAAAUGUAUGUGUUUGGUGAAAUCUUAAGUUGGGUGAUUUCUGUGUGUAUCAAUGUAACUCGGAGGCCUUUGUAAUGAUUUAUUUAAGGACCGUUUUCACCUUCUUUUUACCUCUGUCUCUUUCUCUCUCUCUCAGUACAUUUACAUGCACACUAAUGCAAUUACGGUGCUUAAAGUUGCCCCUUGGAAUUCCCUAAACGAUAUACAAUUUAAGAUAAUGGCCAGUGUUUAUUAUUAAAACAUUUUGUGUGUUUCCUUGAGGCCUGACACAAUGUUGAAUAAUUUUUCUUCCUAAUGCAGACUUGCAAACAACUUUUUGGGAUAUUUUUGAACUUUUGUUUUUUCUUUUCUCCCUACUUUUAAUGGUGCAAUUCCAUACGUCUUGGCAUCUAGCAUCCCCAGCUGUUGAUCAGUUGAAACCGUCAGCAGAAAUGUGUUGAGUCGAAAAGAACUUUGGUUAUACUGUGCAAAAUAAUAACCCAGAAUUUAAGUGAUGAUUGAACUAAAGCUACCACGUGGCAUUUUUAACCACUAGUAGUGCUGUAGAGCAAUGUUUUUGUUUGUGUGCUGUGCAAGAGCAUGCAUGUGACCGAUACAUGUACCUGCUGGUGGUUUCCAGCUGCUUCACUGACCGCAUCCAGUUGCGGGUACAUGUUAAAUAUUAAAAGUAACAUCGCAAUGUGCCUGUAAGAUGCAGGGAUAUGGCUGGGGAAGAUGGCUGAUCUAAACAAUGCAGGUUUCAAAUGUUUCUGUGAGGAUUCAGUUUGUUUGGGUCUGAUACACUAAAUGUAAACCUAACGAUACAUAUUUGCAAUGAAACAGUGCACCUUGAAAAGUGAAGGAAGUUUUUCAGUUCAACCCUAACUACUUACAAACCACCGUAAGUACAAGAAGUUGUGAGCAGUCUGUCACACAAUGCUCAACUUUAAGCUGGCCAAAUUGUUUUCAAGGGAAAGCUGUGAUUGUAAUUACAUUCUUCAAGUGCAUGUAAAUGCACACUUUCUCUGUAUAAUUCUGUCCUUCCCAAUGUGGCUCCACUGCAGUUCCUUGCUCCGUACAGAGGUGGGGUUCACAACGUGCUGCAUUUCCCUGGUAUAUUUGUAAAGGGGGAACUUAUACCUAUUUUUUAUUGCAAAUAAAGAAAAACACAUUC